AAUAUUUUUGAAUAAAACGAAACAAUAUUUUGUCACAGCCUCUAGCAAAUGACGAUAUUUUGCUUUUCAGAAUUGUGUGAGAAUCGUGAUUUCGAUUUGAAACAACAAAAACAUGAUUCUCGGUCUAUCCAGAAUCAUAACAUCUACUAAUGUAAAAAUAUUAUUAUUCAGUCUUUUUUUUUUUGCAGUUCGUGACUUAUAUUUUAUACUAUUAAUAUUAUUUUUAUUAAGAGUAAUGGAACACUUGUUUUUGUACCCUGUUUGUGAAAAUGACCUGGAUAGUUUUAUCUACAAAUUGACUACUUUACACCAUUGUAACUAUCAACUAAAAUGGAACAGCUAAUAGCAUGUACUAGCAUGCUGGGUUAUUGUACCAGAGUACAAAAAUCAGAAAAGAAGUGAAGUGUUAAAAAUGUCUGGUAGAUUAACCUGCUCUGUGUUUGUUAAAGGCCCCGGUUAAUCUCUGGCCAUUACUAUGGUAACCGCAUUAGCAGACCGUCUGAGCAACCUCUUAAACAUUUUCCUUGGUUUUAUCCCAUAAAACUCUCUGUGAACUUAUGACUUCAGCACGUUGGUUAAAUUUAAUACCUUACUGUUACAAACCCAGAGGAGAAAUCCCCUCUUUUUGAGUUUGUCCUGCUGAAUGGAGAUAAGGCUGUUUUGUUUCUCUUACCUUCUCACUAAGGAUGUUUACACACUGAACGCUGAACAGAAAGGACUCUCUUUGAUCUAUUGUUUCGCUCAUGAUUGUUUUAAGAUUCUUCUGCUGUCUGGGGUGAAUCUAACCACAUUGCUAGGUGAGGCUGGAGAGCAGAAGGGGCCGGACCAGGCUUAGCCAUUAAUUAUUUAGCUGUGAAAGGGGAGGGAAAAGCAAGUGCUGAAAUAUCGCAUAGGGAAAUACAAGCUCAGAGGAAAAGCUUCUCUCAGUCAUACUAGAAUCACUCCUGAGGAUUCAGGGGGACAGACUUAGGGACACGUUUGAAACUUAUGAUUCAUUUUCCCUUUCAAUAACUAAAUCGUCUGUAUCGGGAAGUCAAGAUGUUUGCGUUCCAUUUGUUGUCCUUUUACUUCUCAAAGCUUCAGGAGGAUCAGGUCAAGAAGGUAGACCGAUUUCUGUAUGCAAUGCGUCUGUCAGAUGAUCAGCUGGCGGAUAUAUCUGCUCGGUUUCGUCAGGAGAUGGAGAAGGGACUGUCAAAUGAGAGCAAUGCUACAGCUGCAGUGAAGAUGCUGCCGACCCACGUUUAUUCCACACCUGAUGGCUCAGAGAAGGGUGAGUUUCUGGCACUGGAUCUGGGGGGUUCAAAAUUUAAGGUGCUACAGGUGAAGGUUUCAGAAGAUGGGAAGGGGAAAGUCCAGAUGGAGAGUGAAACCUUUCCCGUUCCCGAAGAGAUCCUUAAUGGGAGAGGAACUGAGCUUUUCGAGCAUGUGGCGGAGUCUCUGAAGUCUUUUCUGCAGAAACACCACAUUAAUCACACAAGAAAACCUCUCGGCUUCACUUUCUCUUUCCCAUGUUCGCAGUCCAAAAUAGACGAGGGUGUCUUGCUGUCAUGGUCAAAGAAUUUUAAGGCUAGAGGUGUUCAAGGGAACAACGUGGUGCAGUUAUUACGGAAAGCAAUUCAAAAAGUUAAGGAUGUUGACGUGGAUGUCCUGGCUAUGGUCAAUGACACAGUGGGGACCAUGAUGACCUGCGGAUAUGAUGACCAGAACUGUGAGGUGGGGGUUAUUAUAGGUACCGGCACUAAUGCUUGCUACAUGGAGGAAAUGCGACACAUUGAUCUGGUGGAGGGAGAUGAAGGCAGGAUGUGUAUUAAUACAGAAUGGGGGGCUUUUGGAGAUGAUGGUGUGCUUGAUGAUUUCAUCACAAGCUUUGACCGUGAAAUUGAUGCCGCAUCAAUUAAUCCAGGAAAACAGCUUUUUGAAAAGAUGGUGAGUGGGAUGUAUAUGGGAGAGCUUGUGAGACUCAUUUUGCUGAAGAUGGCCAAAAAGGGUCUACUCUUUCGUGGCCAAGUCUCUGAUGCUCUACGAACCAAAGGAACUUUCCAGACCAAACAUAUCUGCUUGAUUGAACAGUAUAAAGGCGGUUUGGAGAACACCAAGGAGAUCCUUGAAGACCUGGGUCUAAGUCCCAGUGAAGAUGAUUGCAUUGCUGUCCAGCAUGUUUGUACCAUCGUCUCCUUCAGGUCAGCUAAUCUGGUUGCUGCAGCUUUGGCUGCCAUCCUGACACGGAUCAGAGAAAACAAGAAGCUGAAGACCCUUCGGACCACAGUAGGAGUGGAUGGGACGGUCUACAGAACACAUCCACAGUACCCCAAGAGGCUCCACAAGGUGGUCCGUCAUCUGGUGUCAGACUGUCAUGUCCGUUUUGUGCUGUCCGAAAGUGGCAGUGCAAAAGGUGCCGCCAUGGUCACUGCAGUAGCUCAGCGGCUGGCAUCCCAAAGAAAGGAGAUUGAUGAUACUCUAGAGACCUUCGCAUUGAGCCGCUCACAGCUUCAGGAAGUGAAAGCGAAGAUGCAUGUGGAGUUGGAGCGAGGCUUGAAGACAGACUCCCAUCCAACUGCCUCAGUCAAAAUGCUGGCCACAUAUGUUUACAGGACUCCAGAUGGGACAGAAAGAGGAAAGUACCUAGCCUUGGAUCUUGGUGGAACCAAUUUCCGCGUGUUGGUGGUUAAGAUUCGUACCGGUAUGCGAAAUUCAGUUCGGAUGUACAACAAGAUUUAUGCCAUUCCACUGGAGAUCAUGCAAGGCACGGGAGAGGAGUUGUUUGACCACAUAGUUCAGUGCAUCUCAGAUUUCUUGGACUACAUGGGGAUGAAGAACACUCGUCUGCCUCUCGGCUUCACCUUCUCUUUUCCAUGCAGUCAGACAGGUAUCGAUAAGGGAGAUCUGGUCUCCUGGACAAAAGGCUUCAAAGCGACAGACUGCGAGGGCUACGAUGUUGUGGAUAUGCUGAGAGAAGCCAUCAAAAGACGAAAUGAAUUUGACCUUGAUAUUGUUGCUAUAGUGAAUGACACGGUUGGCACAAUGAUGACAUGUGCAUAUGAGGACCCUAAAUGUGAGAUCGGUCUAAUUGCUGGAACGGGAAGCAAUGUGUGUUACAUGGAGGAGAUGAAGAACAUUGAGUUUGUGGAGGGUGACGAAGGGCAGAUGUGUGUGAACACUGAAUGGGGAGGAUUUGGAGAAAAUGAUAAUAUUGAGGACAUCCGGACUAGAUACGACAGAGAAGUGGACGGAGGCUCACUCAAUCCAGGAAAACAAAGGUUCGAAAAGAUGACCAGUGGAAUGUAUUUGGGAGAGAUUGUAAGACAGAUCCUCAUUGAUCUCACAAAGCGAGGACUUCUGUUUCGUGGUCGCAUCACAGAGAGACUGAAGACCAAAGGCAUCUUUGAGACCAAGUUCCUUUCACAGAUUGAGAGUGACCGUUUGGCUCUACUGCAAGUGAGGUCUAUUCUGCAGAGUCUGGGCUUGGACAGCACAUGUGACGACAGUAUUAUUGUGAAGGAAGUGUGUGGAGCAGUUUCCCGUCGAGCAGCUCAGCUCUGUGGGGCAGGAAUGGCUGCUGUUGUAGACAAAAUCAGAGAAAACCGUGGUCUGGACCAUCUGGAGAUUACUGUGGGAGUGGACGGCACGCUUUACAAGUUACAUCCACACUUCUCCACGAUCCUAAAGGACACUGUCAGAGAGCUUGCGCCCAGUUGUAAGGUGGAUUUCAUUCUGUCAGAGGAUGGCAGCGGGAAAGGGGCGGCCCUGAUCACAGCGGUAGCACGGCAGCAUCAUAUAGAGAAACAAGAACCUCACUAGAUGCUCAGACUGGGUUUUUUUUGAUAGGUUGUUUCUUUAAGUAAUCAUAUAAAUUAAUCAAAAAAGUACUAUAUAUUUUAUGCAUUUAAAAAUAUUUGCCAUUGGGUGCAUUGGCAAAAAGUGUUCAUUUAUUACUUUUUGUUAUUACUGUUUUAUUUGAAUGUGUUAAUUUGUGCAAUAAAGCCUGCACUGCAGUU